AUGUCCGGUGGAGCGCUGGGUGGCGGAACCCCGCAGUCACUGGCUUCAGCACAUUUAAACAGUCCAAGUGUGGAUCGAAUGCCUCAUCUGAAAGAGCUUGUUCUCAACGCUGAUGACGCCAGCAGCUCAGCGUCCCAGCCGGUUGCCUCGCACCAUAUUGACAAGGUUAGUCAGAUUUGUUGA